CUAAGAUCAACACGAUGGACGCCAGCUGCAUGAUUUUGACGUGCCUGCUCUUAAUACAAAUGGCCAUAGUUCUAAUCAUGCUGAACCCCAUAUACGACGUCAUGAAGCUAACGCAGUUUAUUAACAACGUAACAAAGUGCUACAGACGUACAUAUCUAUUCUUCAUUGCAUUUUACUUUACAUCUGUAUUAUAUCUCGGAAUGUAUCUCCCUCUCCAAAGUAUUCACAAGUUGAUUUUCUGCGUCAAUUUACACGAAUAUGAUAAGAUGACUCUGCUUCACAACGUCGAAAAAAACUACAUCACAGCUGGUUUCUCUCUAUUCCUUGUGGUUGUAAUCUAUGGAGUAAGAGCUCUGCUGUCCUACACUGCAAGCCUAACUCAUGUCUCAGAUAAACGAGAUAUGCUAGGAAAAUCAAAAGAAAAGCAAUUAAUUAAUGAAAAUAUCUUACCCAAUCUUCUGAAAGUUAAAAGAUCAAUAUCUUAUGAAACUGUUUUAUUUACAAACGAACUUCGAGAACAACUGAAGAUUAUCAUUAAGAACAUGGAAUUGCCAACCCAGAAAAGCACGAUUACUAGUCUUUUAGAGGCGAAAAACAUCACCAGGGUGUGAUUUUACUUCCGAAUAAAUCUUUACAAAUA